GGCUUCCUCAAUUCAAAGAUGGUGCAGGUUACUCCCGUUGUCCGCCCGAAGAUCGUCAAGAAGAAGGUAACGAAGUUCAAACGUCACCAGUCCAACCGCUUCAAGCGUGUUCCGGAGUCAUGGCGUCGCCCGAAGGGUAUUGACGGCCGCGUGCGCCGUAAAUUCAAGGGCGCCAUCAAGAUGCCGAACAUCGGCUACGGCUCCAACAAGAAGACGCGCCACCUGUUGCCCAACGGCUUCCUUAAGUUCGUUGUCAACAACGUGGCUGAGCUCGAGGUGCUUUUGAUGCACAACCGCAAGUACUGCGCCGAGAUCGCCCACAACGUGUCGGGCCGCAAGCGUCGUGAGAUCAUCGAGCGCGCUGAGCAGCUAAACGUGCGUGUGACCAACCCCAACGCCCGCGUGCGUGCUGAGGAGAACGAGAGCCAACUGUGA